AUGGUACAUAGGGUCGAAGAACAAACAGCACGCCCCAAUCGGAUCAUCCUCAUCAGAAAACCACCAGUCAUCAGAAUGAAACUUCUUCUGACAGUGCUGCUCCUCGGACUCUUGCUGAAGGUAAUACUGGCGAGGGAGAAACCGCAGAAAGAGACGGAUAAGGAGGAGGAAGAUGAUGAGUCGAAGGAAGUGAGUGCGGCGAAGGAUGAGAAGGAGGGUGCAGUGUCUCCGGCCUGUGGUGGUUGGUGGGGUGGCUGUUGCCGCCGCAGAUGUUGCUGGCGCCGCUGUUGCCGUCCCUGUUGGGGCGGGGGGGGGGGCUAA